UUUGAUAGCUUGAUGAUAUACAAAUCGACAAACUUUGAAAAAUAUCACGAGUAGAAAGUUCAUUUUUAGCCUUUGCACAGCCUUAAACCGCGAUCAACUAAUAAUUGCACUGAUAUCCGCUUCUCUCAUUGGUUCACAUAGAAUUUAAACUAUAUUAAAUCACAGUAAAAUUGUAUGAAUGAGACAGGAAUUGAAAUUAAAUUGAUAAUUAAAAUCGGAAUAACAAUGUAACAAUGGUUUCUCUUGAUUUCAUAGGUGACUGAGUUGAAAAAAGUUGUCUUAUCUGUUUUCAUGUUUUUCUUUACCAAUGUGGUUUUAUUUCUCAUCUAUCAGAAUGGACAACGAAUUUUCAACCAGAAUGAUAAACUCCGAGAAUCACUGAUGGAAGUUCCAUGGGUAGACAAACCCCGCUGGCUGAGACAAACGAUGCAUAUUAUGCUGACUCAGGCUAAUCGAGAUAUUCAAAUCAAACCUUACGGCAUUUUCACACUUAACUACAUGACCUUCAAAGAUUUGAUGAAAUUCACAUUCUCGGUUGGAAACGUGAUUUAUACAAAGAAGCAGCUAACAAGUCAGACUCCAUAAGAAUGAAUAUUAAAUUAUAUUUAAUGAAUAAAUGAAAUUGGGCAAAUGUACCUUCCAAUUCGUUUCCAUCUGUAGAUAUUUGAUGAAUGUCAACUUGUAAAUUAAAAAAUAAAUCAGGUUUGAAUCGGAGUGUAUGAAUUCAACCUAA